GUGAGCUAAGAGCCUAGCAGCUGGAGGAGGGGUUUACCCUCCCACUCUACUGUAGCUCCCUCGAGGGUGGGCGCGCGCACCGCCCUUCUCCCUCGGGCGGAGCGUCCUUUCCAGCACGCUCCCGGCUCACGCGCUACCCCGGCGCCCCCCCCCCUCCGCCUCACACGCACCCUUGCGCUCCUCCCGCAUUUGUGCGCCGGUGCAGCAGGCUGUGGGAGCAUCCGGGCAUUUCCGCAGCCGAGCGGCGAUCCGGGCGGCGGCAGCGGUCGAGGAGCUCCCAUGGCAGGGACGAGGAAGGGGGAAGGCAAGAGGGGGGCGAGGCGUUAAGCCGAAGCCGCCGCGGGGUGGGUCCCGAGGGAGGCGGAGCGGGAAGCGCUCUCGCGGUCGGGCGCGGGGCUCGUCGCUCCUCUCGCGCAGUCCCUUGCCAGCCCGGGCUCCGGAGAUGCAUCUGCAUCAGGUCCUCACCGGGGCUGUCAACCCUGGAGACAACUGCUACUCCGUGGGCAGCGUCGGGGAUGUCCCCUUCACGGCGUACGGAUCAGGCUGUGAUAUUGUUAUUUUGGCAAGUGACUUUGAAUGUGUGCAGAUCAUUCCUGGUGCUAAGCAUGGAAACAUCCAAGUCAGCUGUGUGGAGUGUUCUAACCAACAUGGAAGAAUUGCAGCUUCAUAUGGUAAUGCUGUUUGUAUUUUUGAACCCUUGGGCAUAAAUUCUCAUAAGAGAAAUUGUCAACUCAAGUGUCAGUGGCUUAAAACUGGGCAGUUUUUUUUGAGCUCUGUGACGUACAAUUUAGCAUGGGACCCUCAAGAUAACAGAUUGUUGACAGCAACUGAUUCUAUUCAGUUGUGGGCUCCUCCAGGAGAUGACAUUCUGGAAGAGGAAGAAGAAAUCGAUAAUAAAAUCCCUCCAGUUUUAAAUGAUUGGAAGUGCAUCUGGCAAUGCAAAACCUCAGUAUCUGUACAUUUGAUGGAAUGGUCCCCUGAUGGUGAAUAUUUUGCUACUGCUGGAAAGGAUGAUUGUCUUUUGAAAGUCUGGUAUCCUAUGACUGGCUGGAAAUCCUCAAUUAUACCUCAGGAUCAUCAUGAAGUGAAAAGGAGACAGGCGUCUACCCAAUUUUCCUUUGUUUAUUUGGCACAUCCCCGAGCUGUGGCAGGUUUCUCAUGGCGUAAAACUAGCAAGUAUAUGCCCAGAGGUUCUGUCUGUAAUGUGUUAUUAACUUCAUGCCAUGAUGGCGUCUGCCGACUCUGGGCAGAAACCGUAUUACCAGAAGAUUGCCUUUUGGGGGAGCAGAUCUGUGAGACGACCACUUCUAGUGUUGCCAGUCACCUCACUCAGGCUGGAAGACACAAGGACAGAAUACAACAUGCUCUUGAGACAAUACACCAUUUGAAAAAUUUAAGAAAAGGACAGAGAAGGUCUUCUGUUCUUGUAACUCACACCGAAUUAAUGCCUGACCAGACGGCAACGCAUGAAGUUCAGAGACACAUUUCCCACCAUGCAAAUGCACUGUGUCAUUUCCACAUUGCAGCAAGCAUCAAUCCUGCCACAGAUAUUCCAAAUGUCUUGGUUGGCACUGUAUUUAACAUUGAUGAUGGAAAUGGGGGCUUUGUGGUUCAUUGGUUAAACAACAAAGAGUUUCAUUUUACAUCAUCUACUGAAAUAUUUAUGCAGCAAUUACGAAAACUUUCUGAGAAGCAGAUAGAUCAUGAAAGUGACGAAGGAGAUAGAGAAGAUGAGGAACGUUCACAGGAGGAGAAAGAGAGGGGUUUACACAUGAAACUAGACCAUGAAUUAUCCCUGGAUAGAGAAUCUGAGGCAGGUACAGGAUCGUCGGAACAUGAAGAUGGAGAAAGAGAGGGAAGUCCCAGAACCUUUUCACGACCUAGUGUACCGAUGCCGCUGCCCACAGUCCUGCUUGACCGGAAGAUUGAAAUGCUGCUAACUGAAUGGAAUAAGAAUCCCGACAUGCUUUUUACUAUCCACCCUGUAGAUGGUACCUUUCUAGUGUGGCAUGUAAAGUAUUUGGAUGAAUAUAAUCCUGGAAUAUUUAGACAAGUCCAGGUUUCUUUUUCUUCCCGGAUUCCUGUUGCUUUUCCAUCUGGUGAUGCGAGCUCUCUUAGUAAAAAUAUCAUGAUGUAUGCCUGCAUAAACACUACGAAAGAUUCUCCCCAUACUCUGUUACACCAAGAGAUGACGGCUGUAGGCAGUUCUCAUGGAUUACAGCUAUACUCCAGAUCACACACUACAAAUAUGAACAUUUUAGCUCCUACAGUAAUGAUGGUCUCCAAACACAUAGAUGGUUCUUUAAAUCAGUGGGCUGUCACUUUUGCAGAUAAGUCUGCCUUUACCACUGUUCUGACUGUAUCUCACAAAUUUAGAUACUGUGGUCAUCGAUUUCACCUCAAUGACCUGGCAUGUCAUUCAGUUUUACCAUUGUUACUGACAUCCUCUCAUCACAAUGCUCUGUUGACUCCUGAAUUAGACUGUCAGUGGGACUCAGACAAUAAAGUAAGUAGGUUGAUGGAUCCUGUAAGACAUAUAAAAGGCUCCUCGAAACAGCCUCUUAGAAAUGCAGCGACACGUACAUUUCAUGACCCGAAUGCAAUAUACAGUGAACUUAUUCUGUGGCGUGUAGACCCAAUAGGACCUUUGUCCUACACUGGAGGAGUAUCAGAAUUGGCUCGAAUUAACUCUUUACAUACAUCAGCCUUCUCCAAUGUGGCUUGGCUUCCGACUCUUAUUCCCAGCUAUUGUCUUGGCACGUACUGCAAUUCUGCAAGUGCUUGCUUUGUUGCUUCCGAUGGCAAAAAUCUGAGGCUCUACCAAGCUGUGGUGGAUGCAAGAAAAUUACUGGAUGAAUUAUCAGAUCCUGAAUCUUCGAAACUUAUUGGAGAAGUGUUUAAUAUCGUGAGCCAACAGUCUACUGCUCGACCUGGCUGCAUUAUCGAACUCGACGCAAUAACCAACCAAUGUGGCUCAAAUACACAGUUGCUUCAUGUGUUUCAAGAAGAUUUCAUUAUAGGAUACAAACCACAUAAGGAAGAUAUGGAGAAAAAGGAAACAGAAAUAUUUUUUCAGCCAUCGCAAGGAUAUCGUCCACCACCAUUUUCAGAAAAGUUCUUUCUAGUAGUAAUUGAAAAGGACAGCAAUAAUUACUCUAUUCUCCAUAUGUGGCACCUGCAUCUUAAAUCUGUACAAGCAUGCUUAGCUAAAGCUUCAGAAGGCAUUUCAUCAGACAGUCUACUUUCAGUCCCUGGACAGAAGAAUGUAGACUCUUCUCCAGAAACUUCUCCUAGUGUGAGCCCCAUGCCACACUCUGCAUCAAUUGCCAAUCUUCAAACUGCUAGUAAACUUAUUCUCAGCUCUAGACUGGUCUAUAGCCAACCUCUUGAUCUCCCAGAAGGAGUUGAAGUAAUAAGAGCAACGCCUUCCGCAGGCCAUCUGAGUUCAUCUUCAAUUUAUCCGGUGUGCCUUGCACCUUAUUUAGUGGUUACAACUUGUUCUGACAAUAAAGUACGCUUCUGGAAGUGUAGUAUGGAAACCAGCCUACAGUGCACAAGUGAUGAGAAGGAAACUUACCAUUGGAGGAGAUGGCCCUUGAUGAAUGAUGAAGGAGAAGAUAACAGCAGUACAGUGAGCAUUGUGGGAAGACCAGUUGCUGUUAGCUGUUCAUACACAGGUCGCCUUGCCGUGGCUUACAAACAACCUGUCCACCACAAUGGUUUUGUUUCUAAAGAAUUUUCCAUGCAUGUUUGCAUCUUUGAAUGUGAAUCUACAGGAGGAUCAGAAUGGGUUUUAGAACAAACAAUUCAUCUUGAUGAUUUGGUGACGGUUGGGAGCGUACUUGAUUCAAGGGUCAGUGUUGACAGUAAUUUGUUUGUGUACAGCAAAUCAGAUGCGCUUUUGAGCAAGGAUAGAUACCUUAUUCCAAAUAUCAAACAUUUAGUACAUUUGGACUGGGUAUCAAAAGAAGAUGGCUCCCACAUUCUCACGGUGGGGGUCGGUGCUAAUAUCUUCAUGUACGGGCGGCUUUCAGGAAUUGUGACUGAGCAAACCAAUAGUAAGGAUGGAGUAGCUGUCAUUACUUUACCACUAGGUGGUAGUAUCAAGCAAGGAGUUAGGUCAAGAUGGGUUCUUCUUAGAUCUAUAGACUUGGUGUCUUCUGUUGACGGUACACCUUCGCUGCCUGUUUCUCUCUCCUGGGUGAGAGAUGGGAUACUGGUGGUAGGAAUGGAUUGUGAAAUGCACGUGUAUGCACAGUGGAAGCAUGCUGUCAGAUUUGGAGACAUUGAAGCUGAUAGCCCUGAUACAGAAGAGGCAGCAAUACAAGACCAUUCUGCCUUUAAAUCUAAUAUGUUGUCAAGAAAAAGUAUUGUUGAAGGCACAGCUAUUGCUGAUGAUGUUUUUUGUUCACCAACUGUCGUUCAGGAUGGAGGCUUAUUUGAGGCCGCACAUGUACUUUCGCCUACUCUCCCACAGUAUCAUCCAACUCAGCUGUUAGAAUUGAUGGAUUUAGGGAAAGUUCGAAGGGCUAAAGCCAUUCUCUCUCAUUUAGUAAAAUGCAUUGCAGGUGAAGUUGCAAUAGUUAGAGAUGCUGAUGCUGGAGAAGGAACUAAGCGACAUCUUUCCCGAACCAUUAGCGUAAGUGGCAGUACAGCGAAGGAUACCGUCACCAUAGGAAAAGAUGGUACUCGAGAUUAUACUGAGAUAGAUUCUAUUCCUCCACUACCAUUAUAUGCAUUGCUUGCUGCAGAUCAAGAUACGACCUACAGAAUUUCAGAAGAAAGUACAAAAAUACCCCAGAGCUAUGAAGAUCAUACCAGAAGUGAACCGGAAGAUCAGUAUUCAGAGCUGUUCCAAAUCCAGGAAAUAACAACAGAUGAUAUAGAUUUAGAGCCGGAACAGAGAGAAAACAAAUCAAAAGUCAUAAAUCUUUCUCAAUAUGGACCCGCUUACUUUGGCCAAGAACAUGCCAGGGUGCUUUCAAGUCAUCUUAUGCACUCAAGUCUUCCGGGCCUUACCCGUUUGGAGCAGAUGUUCCUUGUAGCUUUGGCUGAUACGGUGGCUACCACUAGUACGGAGCUUGAUGAAAACAGAGAUAAGAGUUACUCAGGAAGAGACACACUGGACGAGUGUGGUUUGAGAUACUUACUAGCUAUGCGUUUGCACACAUGUCUUUUAACAUCGCUGCCUCCUUUAUACCGAGUACAGCUAGUUCAUCAAGGUGUGUCUACCUGCCAUUUUGCCUGGGCUUUUCAUUCUGAGGCUGAAGAAGAACUGAUUAAUAUGAUUCCGGCCAUUCAGAGAGGGGACCCUCAGUGGUCUGAGUUAAGAGCUAUGGGAAUAGGUUGGUGGGUCAGGAAUAUUAACACUCUUAGAAGAUGCAUUGAAAAGGUUGCCAAAGCUUCUUUUCAGAGGAACAAUGAUGCCUUGGAUGCUGCAUUAUUCUACCUUUCAAUGAAGAAGAAAGCUGUAGUGUGGGGUCUAUUUAGGUCACAGCAUGAUGAAAAGAUGACAACAUUUUUCAGCCACAACUUUAACGAAGAUAGAUGGCGUAAAGCUGCUUUGAAAAAUGCUUUCUCUUUACUUGGAAAACAACGCUUUGAACAAUCUGCUGCUUUUUUCUUGUUAGCUGGUUCAUUGAAAGAUGCCAUAGAGGUAUGUCUUGAAAAAAUGGAAGAUAUUCAGCUAGCCAUGGUUAUUGCCCGUUUAUAUGAAUCUGAAUUUGAGACUUCAUCCACUUACAUAUCCAUCCUAAAUCAGAAGAUUCUGGGUUGCCAAAAGGAUGGCUCAGGAUUCGAUUGCAAAAGGUUACAUCCUGAUCCUUUCCUGCGUAGUCUUGCCUAUUGGGUAAUGAAAGAUUACACCCGAGCUUUGGACACGUUACUGGAACAAACACCAAAGGAGGAUGAUGAACAUCAAGUUAUCAUCAAAUCUUGUAACCCAGUGGUGUUUAGUUUCUACAACUACCUUCGAACUCAUCCUUUGCUUAUUCGAAGAAACCUUGCCUCCCCUGAGGGAACUUUGGCAACCCUUGGUCUCAAAACUGAAAAAAACUUUGUUGAUAAAAUUAACCUUAUAGAAAGGAAAUUAUUCUUUACCACCGCAAAUGCUCAUUUUAAAGUUGGAUGCCCUGUUCUAGCCUUGGAGGUACUCUCCAAAAUUCCAAAAGUUACCAAAAUAUCUGCCUUACCUUCAAAAAAAGGUCAGCCUGAUUCAAUUCCUAAAAAGACGGACGACGUACCUUCGGAAUCAAAGACCGUGAGCCUUGACAAUGGCAGUUCCAGCAUCGACUGGUCUCACGUAACUUCCUCACAGUUUGACUGGAGCCAGCCGAUAGUAAAAGUUGAUGAGGAGCCUCUUACUCUUGACUGGGGUGAAGAGCGUGAUAGUGCCUUAGAAGAAGAGGAAGAAGAUGACGCUGUUGGUUUAAUAAUGAAAAGUACAGAUGCCAAGGAGACAGACAGACAAGAUCAGAAAGCCUCAGACCCUAAUGUAUUAUUGACUCCUCAGGAGGAGGACUGUCUGGAAGGUGAUACUGAAGUUGAUGUGAUUGCUGAGCAACUGAAAUUCAGAGCUUGUUUAAAGAUCCUUAUGACCGAACUAAGAACACUGGCUACAGGUUAUGAAGUAGAUGGUGGAAAACUCAGAUUUCAGCUCUAUAACUGGCUUGAAAAGGAAAUUGCUGCCUUGCAUGAGAUAUGUAACCAUGAAUCUGUUAUGAAAGAAUAUGCCAGUAAAACACAUCCCAAGGUAGAGAGUGAGCUUCUGGGCCAGGAAGGAAUGAUGGACAAACCAGAUAUAGGGUCCUAUGAGCGCCACCAAAUAGAAAGACGGAGAUUGCAGGCAAAACGAGAACAUGCAGAAAGACGAAAGUUGUGGUUACAGAAAAACCAAGAUCUCCUGAGAGUGUUCCUUAGUUACUGCAGCCUUCACGGGGCCCAGGGUGGCGGUCUGGCCUCCGUAAGGAUGGAACUCAAAUUUUUGCUACAAGAGUCACAGCAGGAGACUACGGUGAAGCAGCUCCAGUCUCCACUUCCGUUGCCCACCACCCUACCUCUGCUUUCAGCAAGUAUUGCUUCAACAAAAACAGUCAUAGCUAACCCUGUAUUAUACCUGAAUAAUCACAUCCAUGAUAUACUUUACACUAUUGUUCAGAUGAAAACACCACCGCAUCCCAGUGUUGGCGAUGUGAAGGUGCACACACUUCAUUCACUAGCAGCGUCACUUUCUGCAUCAAUUUACCAGGCAUUAUGUGACAGUCAUAGCUACAGCAGUCAAACAGAAGGAAACCAAUUUACUGGAAUGGCUUAUCAAGGACUUCUUUUAAGUGAUCGUCGAAGACUGAGGACAGAAAGUAUUGAAGAGCACGCAACCCCAAAUUCUUCUCCUGCUCAAUGGCCUGGUGUGAGCUCACUCAUUAAUCUCUUGAGUUCAGCUCAAGAUGAAGAUCAGCCAAAAUUGAACAUUUUGUUGUGUGAAGCUGUUGUUGCUGUUUACUUAAGUUUACUAAUACACGCUCUAGCUACAAAUUCCUCCAAUGAACUGUUUCGACUUGCAGCCCACCCAUUAAAUAAUCGAAUGUGGGCUGCUGUUUUUGGAGGGGGUGUGAAACUUGUUGUGAAACCUCAGAGGCAAUCAGAAAAUAUUUCAGCACCUCCUGUUCCUUCUGAAGACAUAGAUAAACACCGUAGGAGAUUCAACAUGCGAAUGCUGGUCCCCGGAAGACCUGUAAAAGAUGCCACCCCCCCACCGGUGCCUGCAGAGAGACCGUCUUACAAGGAAAAAUUUAUUCCUCCUGAACUUAGUAUGUGGGAUUAUUUUGUUGCAAAGCCAUUUCUCCCCCUGUCUGAUAGUGGUGUUAUAUAUGAUUCUGAUGAGAGCAUUCAUAGUGAUGAAGAAGAAGAUGACACCUUUUUUUCAGAUACACAAAUACAAGAGCAUCAAGAUCCAAACUCUUACAGCUGGGCCCUUCUGCAUUUGACAAUGGUUAAGCUGGUACUUCACAACGUGAAGAAUUUCUUUCCCAUUGCUGGAUUGGAAUUCUCUGCAGGAACCCCUGAUUACCCAGAGGCUGGAAAGAAAAAGCAAGAAAUCGGCCUAGAGAAGCUACACAUUUUCUCAGUUCAUCUUAGAGAGCUGGCUUUCUGUUUUGUUAAAAGCAUUAAGAAUCCAAAUGAGUUGCCUGUGAGAUCACCAUUAGGUAUUGCUGUGAUUAAAAACUUGGAGAACUGGGAACAGAUCUUGCAAGAGAAAAUGGAUCAAUUUGAAGGACCACCCCCUAACUAUAUCAACACAUACCCAACUGACCUUUCAGUAGGAGCGGGACCAGCUAUUCUUCGAAAUAAAGCAAUGCUAGAACCGGAAAAUACUCCAUUCAAAUCCCGGGAUUCUUCUGCACUUCCAGUCAAACGACUUUGGCAUUUCCUCGUUAAACAAGAAGUCCUUCAAGAGACAUUUAUUAGAUACAUUUUCACAAAGAAAAGAAAACAGAGUGAGUCUGUAGAAGAACAUGUGGAACAGGUCAAACAAAACUGCGUAGCAGAGGAUUCCCGCAGCAAGGUUGAAGCUGAUCUGGGCUAUCCAGGUGGAAAGGCGAAAAUCAUUCAUAAGGAAUCAGAUAUGAUCAUGGCAUUUGCCAUUAAUAAGGCGAACUGUAACGAAAUUGUCUUGGCUUCAACACACGAUGUACAAGAGCUCGAUGUUACUUCUCUAUUGGCCUGUCAGUCAUACAUAUGGAUUGGAGAAGAAUACGACCGAGAAUCCAAAAGUUCGGACGACAUCGAUUAUCGUGGUUCCACUACGACGCUUUACCAGCCCAGUGCGGCACCGUAUUCAGCAAGUCAGGUGCACCCACCUUCCUCUCUGCCCUGGCUGGGCAGUGGGCAGACCAGCACUGGAGCCAGCGUGCUUAUGAAAAGGAAUCUACAUAAUGUUAAGAGAAUGACCUCCCACCCAGUCCACCAAUACUAUCUUACAGGUGCUCAGGAUGGCAGCGUACGAAUGUUUGAAUGGACACGACCUCAGCAGCUUGUCUGUUUCCGCCAAGCCGGCAACGCAAGAGUUACCAGAUUAUAUUUUAAUUCACAAGGCAACAAGUGUGGUGUUGCAGAUGGAGAGGGUUUUCUGAGUAUCUGGCAAGUAAACCAAACGGCAUCAAAUCCUAAACCGUACAUGAGCUGGCAGUGCCACAGUAAGGCCACAAGUGACUUCGCAUUUAUCACCUCUUCAAGUCUGGUUGCCACAUCCGGACAGUCCAAUGACAAUAGAAAUGUAUGCCUCUGGGACACAUUGAUAUCACCUGGAAACAGCCUCAUUCAUGGUUUCACAUGCCACGAUCAUGGUGCCACGGUCCUUCAGUAUGCACCCAAACAGCAGCUCCUCAUCUCCGGGGGUAGGAAAGGCUACGUCUGCAUUUUUGACAUCAGGCAAAGGCAGCUGAUUCACACAUUCCAGGCCCAUGACUCCGCUAUUAAGGCCCUGGCUCUGGCUCCCUGUGAGGAAUAUUUUACUACAGGCUCAGCAGAAGGUAACAUAAAGGUUUGGAGACUGACAGGCCAUGGCCUGAUUCAUUCAUUCAAAAAUGAACACGCUAAGCAGUCCAUAUUCAGAAACCUCGGGGCCGGCGUCAUGCAGAUCGACAUCAUCCCGGGCAACCGCAUCUUCUCCUGCGGGGCCGACGGCACGCUCAAAACCAGGGUUUUGCCCAAUGCUUUUAACAUCCCCAACAGAAUUCUCGACAUUCUGUAGAGUUCAAGAUUGGGGCUUUAUUUUUAUAAACAUUUCAGUUAAAAUACACUGUAGUAGCGGAUAGGCGUUUCUGCUUCCCAAGCAGCUGUUCCCACACCGGAAACAAUGCAGAGAAUCUCUGUGUCGAAUGUGAGGCCGCCCCCAGCUGAGCGUUGCCCAUACAGGCUGGUGGAGUGACUGUGCAUGCACCUUGUUACCAUGCUGACACACUUCAGAACCAAACCCUAGUGUUGUAUGAGGGUAGCUAUUCUUUACAGCAUUUAGCAAACCUGAUUCAGAAAACAUUGGAGGUUAGAAGUUAGUUACUGUGUUAGUAAGUUAUACUAAUGGGAAGGACCUUUAUACCAAACUGAGGACGAGAAUGUUGCUGAGUCAGGUUUUUCUUCCUCGUCUUUCCACUGGUGGAAGCAUGAGCGCAGGCUCCUGUGUUCAGGGAAGGGGAGUCAUGGCGCGAGCCGCUCCCGAGCAGCGGAAACCCUUUCCGAGCCGUGGCGAAGCGUGCAGUGACUAGUUCUCUGCUGGGAGAGGUCAUUUCCAUUCCUUCCUGCUGAUGAUUAUUUUUCCUGUUAGUGUUUUUACUGAGCUAGGACUGUAACUUGCAAAUGAGUGCAAAUUUAAAUGCAAUGUUUUCCUUACAAUUUGCACACAUUUUUUGGACUGCUAGUUUUUCUAUUUAAUUAUCUGCCUUCAUGUUAGGAAUGUAAUACGUGAACAUGACAUAUUUGUAGUUGACCAGACAUACCAGUUCAGUACUUUUUUCUUUCAGGGCUAAGCACCCACCACAUUUAAAGCUAUGUUGAAACUACACCGAUAGAGCAUUUCAUAUCAUCAUUUAAAUGAAUGUUAGGCUUUUUGUGGCCAGUUAAUAGUUGAUGAGAUUGGUGAUAUUAUUUAUUACCACAGCCUAUUGUAUAAACUAUGCAGAGUUAAAAUAUUAUUUGCUUAUAAAUUAUUAGCCAAUGUUGUCAUAUUUUGAUGUACCUCCUUGGUUAUGACCAAAAAAUGUUCUUGAGGUAUUGAAACCAAUGUCUGUGUGUUUAAUGUUUACCAGCAAAUUGUCUCAUCAUGUUAAUGAGAAUGUUUAAUGCCUGUGUGGUAAAUAGUAAAAUAUAAUGGCAUAAAAGCACCUUUCUCUGAAGGCGAUGUGACGUUCGGGCUGUGAAAUACAUAUGUAAAAGAAAAAUAAAUGUUAUUUGUUAGAGUUUUA